CUCACGUGUAUAUCAAUCAAUCCAAGACCGCGUGCUUCCCCAGGUUUUCACGUUGGUCGUCAAAACCACUCCACAAACUGCUACGCCUGGAGCCUACCUCAGCAGUCAAGCACAUUACCUACCACCAACAAACAACCAUACACACCCACGACUAAACACCCACCAAAAUGACCAGCCUCGACCUUUUCAACCAAUACCCCCUGCACCUCGACCCAACCUCCAAAUCCAUCUCCCUCCUCCCUCCAACCAACACGAAUACAUCCCUCCCCGCCUCCCCAGCAACCAUCACCACCGAACUAACCCACCUAAACGCCCUCCACCGAUCCCUCAUCUCCCUCGACCCGCCCAACAUCCCCCCUCCCCCACUCCCCAUCAACCCCAAGCGCAGCGCCCAAAUCACCAAGCUCCGCGACAGCGCCAACGCCGCAUUCCGCAAAUCGAACCACGCCGAGGCGGCCCGGCUGUACACCUACGCUAUUGAUAUGGCGGUUGGACGGCCGGGAUGGGAGCCCGUCACCCUUGCUAGGGAGGAGUUGGCGGGGUUGUAUUCGAAUCGGGCGCAGGCGUGGAUGAGUCAGAGGAAGUGGCCGGAGGGGUUGGUGGAUGCGAGGUGUAGUGUUGAGAGUAAGCCGGUGGGGAAUGUGAAGGCUUGGUGGAGGGGAGGGAAGUGUUUGGUAGAGAUGGGGAGGUGGGAGGAGGCCAGGGGGUUGGUGGAAAAGGGACUGGAGAUUGAGGGGAGGGCGAGUGAGGGGGGGAAGGAACUUUUGGGGUUGUUGGCCGAGGUGGAGGAGGGGGAGAAGAGGGCGAGUGCGAGUGCUUAGAUGGAUGAGAUGUGUGAAGGAAUGGUGUGAUGUGGGUUGUUACCGAGCUGCUGAGAGCUAUCGGCUGGGAUUCGAUUGCGGAUUGAACCGACUGAAUCGGACUGACUGAG